UCGGCGCGGCAACCAAUCGGCAGUGCCGCGCUCGGCUGCCGCGUAGCAGAACGCAUCUGUGCCGCGCGAUAAUUCUUAAAUAGGUUACAGUAUAAAGUAAAAAUGGCUGCGGAAAUACAAUUGAUCAAUCAGAUAGAACAAUAUGAGUUUCUGUAUAACUUCAAUCUGCCGCAGUACAACAGGAAGGAUAUGGUGGAGGAAGCUUGGGCCAGCAUUGCAGCUAACACCAAUAUGUCAAUAAGCGAUUGCAAAGAAAAAUGGCGGAACAUAAGAUCAUCUUUCUUGAGGAGCAUGAAACCAAGCGGCAUCAAAGUAAAGAAACCAUACUACUUGACAGAAUACUUGAAGUUUAUACUACCAUUUCUCAAACCUACAACUACCGGCAUAGAAGGGGCUGAUGACAGUCAAUACGGAUCUCCACAAAACUCGAAUGACGACGAGGUUGUAAGCUUUAUAAAAGUAGAGCCUGAUGAUGGUGAUGCUGAUGAUACAACAGAGAAUAAUGGCGACAAUGGUAUACUAAAUGACUUUCUAACCUCAAGAUCGCCUGUUGCACGCAAGAGACGUAGAUUCAUCCCCACAAGGAAGAACUGUAGCGACCCUUUACGAAUCAAAAGCAAACCUAUGACGUCAGCGUUCCAAAGAAAUUUCACCGCUCAACCAGACUUAUCCAGCAGCAUUAACAGUCCCAUGAAAAUGUUCCUAAUGAGCCUAGUGCCGGAAUUAGAAACGAUGACUGAAGAUCAAAUUAGACUGUUCAAAAUUAAAUCUAUGAUGUUAAUAGACGAAAUUAAAGUCAAUUACGCUCAAGUGAGGCAGAGCGCUUCGACGCUAAAUAAUGAAAGGUUACAGAAACGGCUGAUCAACCUCCUUUUAAAGAAUCUGCAGAGAGCAACCAAAGACAAUGGGAAGACGAAAUAGUUGUUGUUUUUCUCUAGAUGUUAUGGUUAAAGACUGGUUAUAUUUUGAUAUUUGACUGUAAUUAUUAAAUAAAGUAAGGUCGUAAAAUGUUUAAA